AUGAAUUGCAUAUCUGAUGAAAAUGAAACAUUUCAUCUUGGUGAGAGCAAGAUAGAAAAGAACGCUUUUUUGGGAAUUAUAUCAAAAAUAAAUAGAAUCAUACACAUAAUAAAGAUUCUAUUGAAGUUAUUUUUAUCUUAUAUCCAAAAAAUAUGAAGCUACAUUAGCGAAAUUACUCAGAAUUCUCUUUUGAAUCAAUUUUUAGAUAAAAGGCUUAUUCAAGCAGAACAAUUAAAAGAAUUUUUAAAUUCAUUUCUCUAUAAUAUUGUUUUCAGCAACGACAAAGAAGAUUUCAUUUUACGUCAAUUUUUAGCUUUGUACUUUACCAAACUCUUUAAUGGAACUUUAGAUGAAAUAAGAGCAGACUUUAUUACAGAAGAAAUACAGACUGUUAUAGAUAUGCACUUGAAAAAACCACAAAAAUUAAAUAAAUCCCAAAUAAAAGAAUUGAAAGAGAUUUUAAGUAGUCCGCCAGUAAAAACUGUAUUUGUUGAUCAAAAUAUUUGAACUGAAAACUAUGCAGAUUUAUUUGAUAGAACAUACUUCACUAUCCUUCCUCGAAAUAUUUCUGGAAUCACUCUAUUCGGAGGAACAAUAUUGCUACAGCAAGAUUUAUCAGAAGAGUAUGAUGAAUUUCAAUCAUUUGCUUUAAAAAUAACUUUCAUUCAUGAAGCAGCCCAUGCGAUGAGAAAAAAUAAACAUGGCGCUUAUAACCCUUAA